AUGGCGCUGUACAGCGCGGCCGCCGCCGUGCUGAGCGGGCUGGAGCGCGGCGAGGGCGGCCUCAAGAGCCUGGUGUACGGCAGCGACUUUCCGCACGCCCGACAGCUGUACGCGCUGGUGGCCGAGACGCUGCGCUACGGCCCGGUGCUGGAGGCUCUGCUGGACGGGGCCGCGCUGCUGCGCGCCGAGAAGAAACUGCCGCCGCCACUGGCCAAGGUGCUGGUGUACGACCUGCUCUUCGGCAAGGGCAUCAAGUGCGGCGGCCGCUGGAAGGCGCUGGCCCGGCGGCACCGCGCGCGGCUGGAGGCCGAGCUGGCCCGGCUGAAGGUGCGGCGUGGGGUGAGCCGCAACGAGGACCUCCUGGAGCCGGCGCCGGGAGCCGGGCCGGAAGCUCCUCAGGUGCCGCGCUACGUCCGGGUGAACGUGCUGAAGACGUGCGUGGACGAUGUGGUGGAGUUCUUCAAGCGCCAAGGCUACUCCUUCCUGGGCAAGGCGGGCAGUGUGGAAGAGCUGAGGACCCUUUCUGGGAAGAAAUUCUUGUUGGAUCUUCACCUCCCGGAGCUGCUAGUUUUCCCUCCGCAGACAGACUUCCACGACAACCGGCUCUAUACGUCGGGACACAUCAUCCUUCAGGACAAGGCCAGCUGCCUGCCAGCCUUCCUCCUCAGCCCUGCCGCUGGCUCCCAUGUGAUUGACGCCUGUGCUGCCCCUGGGAACAAGACGAGCCACCUGGCUGCCAUCCUGAAGAACAAGGGGCAUAUCUUUGCCUUUGAUGUGGACACCAAGCGCCUGGCUACCAUGAACACUAUGCUGAUGCGGGCUGGGGUCACCAGCUUCAAACUGACCCAGCAGGACUUCCUGACAGUUGAUCCGCAUGAUCCCAAGUACAGCAAAGUGAAGUAUAUCCUCCUGGACCCAUCGUGCAGUGGCUCAGGGAUGGUGACCCGGCUGCCACUGGAGGAGGCUGCUCCGAGCGCGGAGCGGCUGCAGGCGCUGGCGGGCUUCCAGCGCAAGGUCUUGAGCCACGCGCUUCGCUUCCCGGCGGUGCAGUGCCUGGCCUACUCUACGUGUUCAGUGCACCGGGAGGAGAACGAGGAUGUGGUGCAUGCAGUGCUGCAGGAGCAGGGAUCGGCCUUCAGGCUGGUGAACGCGUUCCCGUCCUGGCCCUGCCGAGGACUUGCUACCUUCCCGGGGGCUGAGUGCUGCCUCCGCGCCUCUCCCGUGGAUACACUCACACAGGGCUUCUUUGUAGCUGUCCUGGAGCGCUGUGGGGAAGAAGCUGCUGUCCCCAGCUCCCUGCCUGCAGCCACUGAUGAGAGCCUCCAACACGAAGAGGGAGUAGAGCCUGGAGCAGCUCCUCCCCGGAAGAGGAAGAGGAAAAAGCAACGUGUGAAAGUGUGAAAUAAUUCUAGGAGUAUGCAGUGCCUUGUGGGAGCUGUUCCUCCAAUGCUGGGGCCCUUGUGCUGUCUGAGUAACAGAAAUAAAGGUCUGCACCAGCUGCUGCCUUGGUGAGCUUCUGUAA